AUGGAUGAGGCAGAUGCAUUGCUUGGUGAGCUCAGGAUCGAUUGGGAAACGCUUGUUACCGAUGAUUUUAAUCCGUUGAAGCAGGCCUUGAGGAACAAAAACAGCAUGGUUGAGGCAUCAAACUUCAGAAACCUAUUCCAUAAGGUCGAGAAGGUAAUGGAAGGCAUAAUAGAGAAGAAUUACAAGGGAUUUAGCGAUUCUGUGCUUUCAUACAUGGAAUCGUACAAGUUGAACAAGCGAUGUUCUGAAAACAUCUCCGAGAUCUCCAAGGCAGUUCAAGGACUUCUCGGAAUGAAAAUAGAUGUGAAGGACAUGACCAAGGAGUAUGAAAGCAUGGCGAUGUAUGAAAGUAAUAACAGUAUAUGCAAUGUACUUGUUGAGAUGAGGAGAUGCUUUGAAGAAUUUAGUAUGAUUAAGGACGAAAUUCAAUGUGAUGUGAAGAAGCACGAUGGGAUGUAUGUCACAAGCCAAAGGUUUCUUGAUGCAACUAAAAAGGCAAGCAGGCUGUAUGAUUUGAUUGAAGAGAAUGGAUUGAUGGAGAUGGAGUGUGUAUCUAAGUUCAAGGCCGAAGCAAGCAUUGAAGUGAAGGAGUUCAUGACAAUGGUGUAUAAGAGACUCGACAGAUUUGUGUUCUAUAAUGAAUACGAUUAUCAGGAAGAUUUUAGGUGUGUAGUUAUGCUUGGAAUGCUUUUUAGUUUGGACAGAUAUCAAACAAAUAACUUUGAGAAAGAGUAUUUUGGAAUGGUUGAGUCGAUUAUCAGGAGUAUUGAUGGAGAUGGAGGAAAUAACAAGGCAGAGAGACUUUCCAGAGCAAUAUGCAGCAGAACAGCAAAUGUGAUACACAACCUUGGAGUUCUUUGGGAGAUGGCAGAUGCAUCGUUUGAAGGCUUGAAUGGAAAGACAUUGAACAUACGUGAUAAGGCAAGUAUUAGCAGAAGAAUCGAAGCGGAUAUGAAUGCAGCAAGUAAUCAAAAUGGUUUGGAUGCGAUGCUUUGCAUGUACGGACCAGAUUGGCAAGAAUUUGUGGAAGGGGUGAUUGUUAAGGUUUUGAAGAAGUUUGUGAGUGAGUGUGUUGAAGGAAUUGAGAAGUAUUUUGAUACUGAAAUUUUUGAGGCAGAGCACUUUGCAGACGACAUAGACUAUGAAGCGGUGUUUGAGAAGAAGUAUGUGAUCUAUGAAAGGAUGGUUAUGGAAGGAGAGAUGGAAGCAAAGUCACCUGAGAGAUUCACUAAGGUUUUUGUAUCUGGGAUAGAUAUUGUAAUUUAUCUUGAAAAGUAUGUGACUAUUGAAUCGAUGAAGAGGUAUUUAUGGGAGAUAAUUAAUGAAAAGUAUGUGAAAGAGAAGCAGAAGCAGAUAAGAAAGAAGAUUGCGUAUUUGUUUGAAGAAGAAGACUGGUGUGAAAAUGAUCAUUUGAACAGAAGAUUACGUUUCUAUUCAAACUAUAAGAAAUGCAUUGAUGAAUUCAGUAUUCAUGCAGAUCUUUGCAGUAUAAAAGAUGUCUUUGGCUUUCUAGAUGGUCUUUUUGAAAGGAAAUUUGAUGAGCUUUACAGAAAAUUAUUCAGGUCUGAUAUCAUCAACACAUGUUUUUUAGAAACAGAUGAGAAUGAGGCGGAUAUGGAUGAUACAUUCAAGAAACUUCUUCUUGUUCGUGCAAUGGACAUAAAUUCAGUGUAUUUUGAGAAAAAGUAUUAUGAGAAUAUGCUUUUUGCAUUAGAUACAAUGAAAGAAGCAAUUUCUUCGAUUGAUGGAGACAAAUUGAAAAGUGUUAUGAAUAAGAUAGAAGUGGCGAUCCGAUUCCAGAUGGUUCUUGAGAUGCUUUAUUUCUUUGAUUUAUUUUACAGGGAGGGAAACUACAGAGGUAAGGAUGAUUAUUAUUUCCAGAAGAUAGUUAAGGUUGCAGACGAUAUAAACAAGUGUAUUGUUAAGACAGAUAUGGAAGGUGUUUUUGAAUUUGUUUUUGAUUGUCUGAACUUCUAUAUUAAGAAUAAUGUCCAGAGACUGAAUGUAAAAAGCAUGGAUGACCUGAAAGCGUUUGCAGCUAAAAUUAAGCUACUUGAUGAGAUAUUAUGUUUGGUUAAGGGAGAAGGCAGCAUGAGGGAGGCAAUACAAUUUAUUGACGGGGUGGUUUUGGGAGAAGAGAAAUGUGACAGUGGAAUGAAGUUGAAAGCAAAGUUAAGCGUAUGA